AUGAAUAUAGAUUCCAAGUUGCUACGAAAACAUGGCGUGAAAGACCAGAGGCAGCUCGCACUAAGACUCAAGAAAGGUCUAUAUGGCCUGAAACAGUCGGGCCGGCUGUGGAACAUGAUGCUUCACGACAUCUUAAUGUCGCUGAAUUUCAGUCAGUGUUAUACAGACAGUUGUCUCUACAUAAAGACUGAGACCGACGGUAAAACGCUCGUGGGGAUCUACGUGGACGAUGUUCUGGUGACUGGGACGGACGUAAAGAAGGUCGACAACUUCUUCAACGACAUGCAAGUCAUUGAGCUGAAGGAUCUCGGCGUGGUAACCAAGUUUCUUGGAAUCGCGUUCAAUUACAGCGCCAAGACCGGAUGGGCACUAGAUUAA